UGUCACUGUCACAAAUAUCAAAUAAAAGCAAAGCAAUAAUUUAUAACAAUGACAAAUACACAUAAACGUCUUUGAAUAAUUAAUAUUCAUGCCAAACAAAGGAAAUCCGCGAUACGUAACAUGUGUGUAUUUAAAUCAUAUUCGUACUGAAUUGUUAAGUCUGCACAUCGUAAUAUCAUCCAAGGACGACGUGUUUAAUAAUGUGAUACUGGAUUUUACAACGUGAUUUGUAAAAACUUAUUAGUAAAUUACGAUGGCCGCAGCGUUGGCAAACGACUCGCCCAAGUAUCGGAAUAGCUUGAUAUGCUGCAGCCCGCGGAGCGCUGAUGUCACCACGAGAACUGCCUCGUCAUCCUCUACCUCGGGAUGCGUCUCUGCAGACGAAAGCUACGACUCAAAUUACAUACCGAAAUCGAUUGCAAACAAGAAACUCAAAAUCCACAGUUCAGCGACGCGGGAAGAGGUAGAAAAAGCUAUAAAACAAUGCAAAGAACUCGUUUUGAACAGUCCUCAGUGCUCUGACGAACGAAAAUGGUUGGUCAGGUAUUUAGUAGAAUUGAGGUUACGUUUGGAGGAUUUAAAAGACAACGACGGUGAACAGAGAGUCAAGGUAUCUAUAAAAGGUCACCACUUUGAGCAGCAAUUGAAUCCUAGUAAUAGAAAACAGUAUUGUGAUCAUUGCAGUGGGGUAAUUUGGAGCAUAGUACAAUGUUCGUACAUUUGCACUGACUGUGGCUACUUGUGCCAUUACAAAUGUGUUGAUGACAUAUGUAGAAUGUGUGCACAUGUGGUGAUGACAGAGAAAGGUCAAUUUGAAAUGAACAUUUGCCCGGAAAAAGGUCUUUCAGUACAAGAUUAUAAAUGUGCGGAAUGUCAAACUGCAUUAACUUUUAAAGAUUCAUGGAACGAACCGAGGUUAUGUGACUACACUGGGUUGUAUUUCUGCACAACGUGCCACUGGAAUGAUCUAUCUCCGAUACCUGCGAGAGUUGUACAUAAUUGGGACUGGGAGAAGCGUUAUAUUUCAAGAAUCGCUUAUCAAAUGUUAACAUUAUCUUGGACGAGACCAUAUAUAGAUGUUGAGAGUAUAAAUUCCAAGUUGUUUAGUUUUACAGCUGAGUUAGAGUGGGUGCAUAAGAUGCGGAAGGAUUUAGAAUGGAUGAGAAGGUAUCUAUGUGCGUGUGGUGAAGGCAGCUUGUUACUAUCUCCGUUAUUUAUACAACUAGGAGAUGUAAAUAAGAAAUACAGUAUGUCCCAUUUACAGGCAAUCAAUGAUGGUACAUUAGAAACUCAACUGACAGAGUUAACGGAAGUUUGUAGGUCACACAUAACAAAUUGUUCGUUAUGUUCCGGUAAAGGAUAUUUAUGUGAAAUAUGCAGUAAUAAUGAGAUAUUAUAUCCCUUUGACAGUGGUGCCAUUAUGUGUGAAAAAUGUAACUCAAUGUACCAUAGAGGUUGUUGGCUUCGGAAAGGACAGAAAUGUCUUAAAUGCAUAAGAUUGGAAGAUAGGAAGAAGACGAAAGAACAAAGUGACGAUGUUGAUUCACAUUUAGAAUAUGACAUAGAUAAAUUUGUUGAAUAAUUUAUACAACAAAUUUGUAUUA